AUGACGGCUAUAUCGUCAGCACAACGAGUCUACGAUGCCAAGUCGCCAAAGAAAAGUGUCACGUCGCCCGAAUUCGCUACACCGGUACAUAAAAGAAGCACAACUGCCCCUCAACCCAUUCAAAGGCCAUCCGCGCCACCUCCGGCUAAGCGCGUCGACGAAGACGCCGCAUCUGAGCCGGAUUUUGUCCAGGAUCGGGUAGAGUUCAUUGCGGAUAUACGAAAGAAGCAUCAGGAUCAGAAAAAUCACAACCAGAGCAAUAAGACAAGCCCCGUGAAAUCGCCACAAAAAGGGAUAGCGGAUGAGAAGAAAUUGAAUGGGAAAAUCGCUUCUAACGGUAGGGUUUCUUCUUUGGACCAUUCGCUUAAUUUUCAUAUUACGGGCAAGAAGGUUGCGUUUACCAACAGCUUCAAAGUGGAGCAUUGA